AUGGCUGGCGCAGCAUCCGCCAAUGGAAGCUCUAAUACAAUUGGUUACACAAUCCCCGGAUCAUCGAGGAUCUUUGCAGCGCUUUCUACGGUUCCUUUCUUAUUGGUAAUCGCUGGUUUACUAUUUUAUGUUUGUCUUUCACACAUCUGGACAAAGAUAACAAAGAGACACCUAAAGUCAAUCAAACCAAGAUGGAAACCACUAUCGUUACGAACCCCAACUCUACUGUUAUACCUUGCUCUCACUUUGGCACUUAUCUUGCUUCUUGAGUCGGCAAGCCUUGCACUUCCAGGAUCACAGACAGAUGUCACAACAGAUGAUUCAUCAAGCGCCACCUCAACUUAUACGUUUGUUCCCGCCCAAACCUCGGACAUGAGUGCUGCAUACUCCGACAUCACAUCAGAGCCAUUGGCUAAAAGGGGAGGUGGUCCAACUGCUCCAGCUCCGAAUAUUGGGUGGCUUUCACUUGGCGAUGAUGGAUGGUUAUCCGCCCAAACAUCAUACUUCAUCGGCACGUUUGUACCCACUUUAGUGGCAUCGCUCUUCUCCAUCCUUUGGAAAGUGCUGGAUACCGAGACGAAGACUCUGGAGCCAUUCGCUCAACUAGCAACACCCGGUGGCGGAACAGCAUCGAACACGAUUCUUCUCCAUUACAGUGGUAUCCAUGGUUUCCUGUCUUCGAUUACUGGGUUAUUCAACGGGCAUGUUGCUGUUACUCUCUCAACCGUUCUCAAGUACAGCUCAGCUUUGUUGAUCCCUUUAGCUGCUGAAGCCGUUCAUCUCAAACUACAAGGAGGAUGUCUGCAGGACUGGACGGAUCAUUGCACAGCGGUGCUUCAAGCCUCUGAUCCCGUGAUCCGGAUAGCCCAGGCACUGCUUGCUUUUAUGGCAUGCUUAAAUCUUGUAUACCUGGUAUUAGUAAGCAGGAGAAGACUUGGGGUCUCAUUCGAUCCACGCAGUAUUCUAGGAAUGGCAAGUCUUGCUAUUAACCCAUAUCUCUCAGCUUUGAUGCGCAGACUUCCCACGGGAUCUGAUGGAAUGUUCUUGCUAGACGAAGCCAGCUCAACAUUAGGAAAGCAUAAAUUCGAAUUUGGGCACAUAACCUAUUUGUCUGGAGAACAAGAAUAUGGAAUCAUUGUUACAAACGGUGAUACUCAAGAUCAGUCUCCAUUGGCUAAGUCUACGACAACAAAGGUAAACACUACGCAGUCGUCCACCCGAUCGAUGCUAUUGAGUGUUUUGAUGAUUCUCGGGUUUGCAAUGUUCAUUAUUGGAAUAUGUAUAUUGAUUCUCUACUACCGACUUACCGACGACAAUACUGGAUUUGAGAGGUUUAUGGAUUCUCAAAGCACAUUUGGAGUCAGAUUUCUCUUUACUGUUUUUGGUUUGAUUAUUGGAUUUGGAUGGGCUGCUAUCUUUCAGGAGUUAACCGGGAUUCAUCCUGCGUUUGAAAUUUCGCAAAAACCAUUCAGUGCUAAGCACUCCGUCCUUAUGCCGCUAUCACCGAGUCCCUACCAGGGAGUUAUAACGUACCUCCGCCACGGACAUAAAAUUCUGGCCCUUGUUUCUUUAGUCACGAUCUUCAGUGACUUUCUGCCGAUAGCACUCGCCAACAUCCCAUUUAGCAACGCAAUCACGUGGUCAACGUUUGAUAUUUGCACUUGGAUAAGCAUUGGAGUGCUAUGUUUCAUGCUUCUUGUGCUUGUUGUUAUUGCGACGGCAAUUCUUCGCAAGUCUUUGAGUGUCCUGGAGCCCGAAAGAUGGGGAACGCCAGCGGCAACACUGUAUUUAGUUUGUAACUCAGAUGAUUUCCUUUCACAGCUACGUGGUAUGUCAACUGCCAGGAGAACGGAAGUUAAGCAGAGGGUUAGAGCAUUGAACACAAGAUACUGUAUCAUGAGGUUACCAUAUGAUGGAGAGAGCGGGCCUCUCAGGGUUCAAGUUCUUGCUGGCAGUUGA